GUCAUUCCUUCUAAGCAGUCUUAUCAACAAUAUAAUCAGCAGCAGCAGGAGCAGGGGCGGGUUCAUCGUCCCAGUACGACUGAUUACAAACACAUCGUUAGUCUUGAGGUUGAUCAGGACCUAGGGUUCUCAAUUAUCUCUAAAGACGGGAUUACGUUUGUCCAUGUCAUCACACCAGGGAGUACCACAGAGAAAGACGGUAAGCUAAUGUCUGGAGACCAGCUGCUAUCAGUUAACGGCGAAGAGGUCUUUGGUCUGUCUCACAGCUCAGUGUUGGACAUACUCCAGUCUUGUAAGAGGUUUCCGGAUCAACCCGUCAAACUGGUUGUAUCCCGUCAGACGGGACCAGGCCAGGUGGAGGAGGCGGAGGAAAGUUUCUCAGAUAUUGACUCUUCAUCGUCAGAUACUGAGACAGUUGAGGUACAGCUGGUAAAGUCAACCAGUGGGAGAGGCGGACUGGGAAUAUCAAUAAACGCACUUGUUAACGACCACACCGAAGAGGACAAAGGGAUAUACAUAAGAGCGGUUCAUCCAGAAGGUCCAGCUGCUCUAAGUGGAUCAGUCCAUUGCAAGGACAGGAUAGUAUCAGUGAAUAGCCAGUCACUGAGGGGACUAUCCAAUAAAGAGGCGGCAAGACUUUUAAGAACAGCUGGAGACAGUGUACGACUGGAACUGAGACGAAAGAAGAGAGAGAAGAGAGAAGGAGGAGGAGAGAGAGCGGAGGGUAAUGUUGAAGAUAAUAGAAGAACAGGACAGCUGGAAGGAACUGAUGGUGUAAAGGAGGAAGAGGAGGAGGGAGUGGUUAAUGAGAGUGGGUUAAGAGUGAGGAGUCCUCUCUCACCAUCCGUUGUACAAUGGGGGAAUAUACUAGGACCUGAUAAAGAACUGAUAACUGCGUACAUUCAGAAGACUGACGAUAGUAAAGGUCUGGGGUUUGGAAUGGAGAGUAUCGCUGUAGUGGAUGACACUGGACAGACUCAAAUAG